CAACUGGUCAAGGAGGAACGAGAGUGUCACCAGCUCUGUUGCCAGUUUCCCGUGUGUGUCGGAUUAAGACUUGUUUACCCAGUUUUCUAUCGCAGCGUCGACGUUUGAGACGUGUCCCGCCGUGUUCGCGGUCUAAGCUCAAGAAGGCCAAACAGCCCGGGGCGGUAAAGUUAUGGAGACCAGCUAACGUUAUCCGAACGAAUGUCUUUCGGCUGGAAGUUGACUCGGUCCAAGCUAGCUACUACGUAGCUCACGUGAGCACAGCGGGGACGGGCUGCGGGUGACGGGGGGCGUCUGGUAGCCCGCGGUGGGUCGUGGACCAACAUCGCGUCAGUCAGUCGAGCUGCCGUGAACGUGACCGGGUCCGUGUGCUGUGGCCGCGAGGAGCUCUGUGAGGUGUCCGACCAUGGAUCCGUUCGACAGCAACAACACGGAGCGAGCCAACCUGCCUAGGAACAUGAUUGAGAACAGCAUGUUUGAAGAAGAACCCGAUGUCGUGGAUUUGGCCAAAGACUCCAGUGCUUUUCCGACAUUUCCUGCUCUUGACCCAGAUGAGGUGGUGUUUGAGCCUCGUAGUUCUCGGCUGCUUGUUCGAGGCCUCGGUGAGAAUGAGAUGGACGAGGACGAGGAGGACUGCGAGUCCUCGGCCCGUCUGCUGGGAAUGUCUUUCAUGAACCGUAGCUCUUCUCACAGAUCCAACGCUUCUCCAUACACCAGGCUGGCUCCACCCAGGUCAUGUUCACGCCCCUCAGCCCGGACCGUGGUUGUGUGUGUGUUAUUUCUGCUGAUAGUGGCCUCUAUGACCAUGGUCCUAUACUUCUUGCCUGGAUGCACCUUUACCAGGGCAGGUUGCCAUAAGCAAAACAAGACCACUCCCCAAGAGACGGUCUAUCCUUUUGCCACAAAUGGCGAACUGUUUCCAUGGGCCCAGUUCCGGCUGCCUCAAAGCAUACGUCCUCUCAGCUAUGACCUCACCCUGAACCCUGACCUGAACGAGAUGACCUUCACUGGGCGCGCCGUUAUCAACAUGUCUGUGCUUCACAACACCAAGCGCAUUGUCCUGCAUGGUGCUAAUCUCAACAUUCUCAAAGCUACUUUCAAGCUGGGUGAUGGGGAGGCCAGUGAUGUGAUUGUACUGGAGUACAAACUCGAAAAGCAGCUAGCCAUUAAAUUCUCUAAGGAGCUGAAGGCAGGCCAGUUCUGCGUUUUGACCCUGGAUUACUCUGCCAACCUCUCACACACCUAUGAUGGUUUCUACAACAGCUCAUACACUGAUAAAAAUGGAAACAAAAGGGUCCUAGCCGCAACCCAGUUUGAACCGCUAUCAGCGAGGAAGGCCUUCCCCUGCUUCGAUGAGCCAGCUUUCAAAGCGACUUUUCUGAUUAAAAUCAACAGAAAACCAAACUACAUGACUCUUUCCAACAUGCCUACGGCUAAAUCCACAUCCGUUCCCGGAGGCCUCAUUCAAGAUGAGUUUGAGAAAACCAGUGUCAACAUGAGCACCUACCUGGUGGCCUUCAUAGUUGCUGAUUUCACCCCGAUCAGCAAAAAUGUCUCAAAUACUCAAGUGUCUGUGUACUCUGUGCCAGAGAAGCAGGAUCACACUGAAUAUGCUCUGGACACAGCCUCCAAAUUGCUGGAGUUCUACAAUAACUUCUUUGAAAUAGACUACCCCCUCCAAAAACUAGACCUGGUAGCCAUCCCAGACUUCCUGGCCGGAGCCAUGGAGAACUGGGGACUCAUCACUUUCCGAGAGACCAGCCUGCUGGUGGGCAAACAGUCCUCUCCUCUGGAGAAGCGAGUAGUUGCGUCCGUCAUAGCGCAUGAACUCGCCCAUCAGUGGUUUGGAAACUUGGUAACCAUGAGCUGGUGGAAUGACCUGUGGCUCAACGAAGGUUUUGCAACCUACAUGCAGUACAUGUCACUGCAGACAGUGAUGCCCCAACUGGACAUUGGUAAUUUGUUCCUGGCAGUGCGGUUCAGAGCCUUGGAAAAAGAUGCACUAAACUCCUCCCACGCUGUGUCGACAGAGGUUAACGCGGCAGAACAGGUGGAGGAGAUGUUUGACUCUAUCUCCUAUGAAAAGGGUGCAUCUAUUCUUCUGAUGCUGAACGCCUCCCUGCCGGGGGAUCAACAGUUUAGGAAGGGUAUCAUUCAAUACCUUAAACAGUUCAGUGGAUUUAACACAGUUACUGGCGACCUCUGGAACAGCCUUACACAGGUCGAGGUGUCGACGCAGCACCAGAACGUGUCCGAGAUGAUGAGCUCAUGGACGUCACAGAAAGGCUUCCCAUUGGUCACUGUAAGCCGCAAGGGAGAUCAAGUGACCCUCACACAAGAGCACUUCCUCCUCACAACUGACAAUGCCACGCAAACGUCCAGCCUGUGGAAUAUUCCAGUGACGUAUGUAAACAACAGCUGUAGUUUGGCUCCUGAGUGCAGACAGGUUUUUACUCUGAAGACCAAAUCAAGUACUUUUAAGCUGCCAGAAAGUGUGAAGUGGCUGAAGUUGAACUACAGAAACACAGGCUUCUACAUUGUCCACUAUGGAGAUGAAGGUUGGGCUGCUCUUAAAGAGGCUUUGUCCAACAACGUCAGCGUUCUUCCACCUGAAGACCGUGCCUCUCUUAUACACAACAUCUUUGCUCUCUCCAGACUGGGACGUGUGUCCUUCCAUCAAGUCCUCAGCCUGUUGAACUACAUUUCCAAUGAAACAGAGACUUCUCCUGUGAUGGAGGCCUUGUUACAGCUCAAUAGUAUCUACAGGCUGCUUGACAAAAGACAGGAGCAUGGUCUUGUGGCCCGCAUGAAGAAUUAUAUCCUGCAUCAUUUUGGUUCUCUGAUGGACAAACAAACAUGGGGAGAGGAGGAGAGUGUGUCUAAACAGGAGCUGCGCUCAUCCCUUCUUGAGAUGGCCUGUGGUCUGAAUGAAAAAAACUGCACUCAACACGCCAAAGACCUGUUCAAACAGCAUGUUGAAUCCAACGGGACUAUACGGAUACCAGGCGAUCUGCAGCGAGCAGUGUUCUCUGUGGCUGCUCAGUCAGAUGAAGACUGGGAAACUUUGCUCGAGAUGUAUGGAGACGCCACCUAUGAUGCCCAGAAGCGAAAAAUGCUACAGGGCCUAGCAUCCACUCAGAACACACGGCAGCUAGCGUGGAUUUUGAAAGCAGGUCUAAACGGGGAAAUCAUCCAGACGCAGGAGUUGCCAUUGGUCAUAAGCACCGUGUGUAGCGGCUUCGCUGGCUACUUGUUUGCCUGGGAUUUUGUACAAGAGAACUGGGACAGACUCAUAGAAAAGUUCCCUUUGGGCUCUUUUGCCAUCCAGUCAAUCAUCAAAUCUGCCACCUCCCAGUUUUCCACACAGGCACACCUUGAUCAAGUACAGGGUUUCUUCUCCAGUCUGAACGAGCGCGGCUCUCAGAUGAGGAGCGUACAAGAGGCUUUGGAAACCAUCAGGCUAAAUCGGAGUUGGAUGGACCAGAACCUGUCUACACUCCAAAAGUGGCUCUGAUACAGUAAGGCUCGCCAUCCAGUCUCGACCUCGCUGUCAGACGACUGGAGCAUGUCGUCAAGACAACAGCAGUGUUUGCACUACAGAAGUACUGUCUCCUAACUCCCCUUAUCCAGGCCAGAGUACUAAACAAAGCCAGAGGUUGUCCUCUACCUGGCCGGACAAGGAGUUUGGUUUUCUGACAUUGGUCCUGUAUGUUGUGUUUGCUAGCUCAGGGUGGCUCUGAUUUUGUGUUUGACAGGGAGUUGUCGAAUGCAAACACACACUCCUCACACUCAUGCUGUCAACCAAACCCUUCCUCUUGCAGCUCCCAUAUAAUCCUCAUGCCCGAGCAGACAAUCAUCAUCUAUGAGCUGUACGAUGGCCACUCCAAAAAUAGCAAGAAUGAAGAAUGUCACUGUUACAGUUUCUGUAUGUGUUGUCAGUCAGUCCUGGACUUUCCUCUUAACUGUUGGACGUAUGUAGAUGCAGCAGUCAGGGAUUCACGUUUUGGAUUCUUAGAAUGAAACUCAUCUUGUGUCUGUAGCUGUCGAUCUGCACUCCGGAUUAUUCAUGCAACCAGAUGCAUUUACUAUGUUAGUCAUGGUUUGGCCAGAAGAUUGGUUGCUGGAUUGAUAGUUUAAAGUACCAAACUUGUUUCAGCGUCACUUGAAUGUAUUGACAGAACCUUCCCACUGUGUAGAGCAGAUGGUGUAAUGCACAACAGUGCAGGUCUGAAUCAACAACCAAUGUGUCUUAUGUGGGAGCAGGCAGUGCACACUGGAGCCAAAUCUUUCUUUCUUUCUUUAUUUCUUCUGUCUAUCACUCACUAGACCAUUUUUCCGCCGAUCUUGUAUUUCAACUGCUUUUUUUUGCGUGCAGCGCAGUCACUGUUUCGACUCAUCUCACCUCUGUGUGUUCGUGAGCCUGUAAUUAUAAUGUAAAUAUGCUCAACCCCUUUUCUCCUUACUGUGAUUUUGGAUGUUCUGUUUUAAACAUUCUGACUUUUAGCAUUUUAAGAUUAGCUUUCUGCUCUGUGUGUACAUAGUGUAAAGGAGAAAAGUAUACAUAGAAUUGACCAAGAGUUUGGGUCAGAAGCUUUUUACCGCAUUUGCUGGUUUAGACCACCGCGAGGAGGUCCCUAGCUGAUGAAUGAUUGUGUUUUAAGAGCUAAUGUGCCUAUUGAAGAUACAAAGUUUUAUAGAGGAACAUCUAUGUCGGGCAUUAUUUAAUUUGUUCAGCUCAUCUGCCAAAUACAAAUAGUUGAGGUCUCAAGUUACUCCAAUGUUAACCUGUCUUGUUGCUCUUGAGAAUGAAGAGUAGCCUAGCUAUUUAUUGAGAGAUUUUAUUUUAGUGUUUGCCCAACAUUUUGCUCCAAGAUCUUAUUUAAAUACAGUUGUCCACUUCCUUCUGAGCUUUAUUUAAGUUGGUAGUUAUUCACUCCGUCACUGUCAUGUCAGUCAGGAUGCUUUAUUUUCACCACCUGGUUAUCUCCGUCAUAUUGUUUUUAAAGCCUCUGUGUUACUUAUGUGGCAGGAGUUUUCAAGUUAAUUAAAAGAAUAAAAUAAUCUUUAAUCACCCUCCCCAGGUUAGCAGUGGGGUGAUGGUAGCAGGAUGAAUCACAGUACAGAGAAUCGCUAAAGUACUAUUGCGUAAAUCAGAUGCAACUCCUAUGAUCUUCUUAUGGUUUGAUCUGAUGGUCCAUCAUAGUUUCACAGACUUAUACUGUGUUGAACUGGAAGUUAAGAAUAUGCCAUUAAACGCACAGCCAACACUAUAUAAGAAUCAGUUCAGCUUUAUUAACAGGAUGAAACACUGAUUUCCCACCACAUUGUUGUUCGAAAAGGACUGCUCCAUGUGAAGUCAGCUGUUACAACUUUUCAGAGACUGGAGUUUAGGAUGUCAUUGUUACUGAUCAGGUACGAGGUUCAGUCAAAGUUGUUGACUCAGUGAUGAGAGAAUUGUAUUAGAUUAAGGCUUUCGUGUGUACAGUAAAGCCAGUCAGAUUGUCUUUGCUCUUGCACUGGGAAGUAAAUGCUGCAGAUGCAUUUAAAAUGUGUUGCUCUUCAUGUGAACAAAAUAUAAAUAAAGUUGUUUUCUGAAAA